AUGUCUUUACACGAACAACAUAGCAUCCCCACAGAUACCGAACAAGAAAUCCGGUCCAAAGUAGAGCAAGUCCUCAAGGGAACCCCUUUUUCUCCCUCAAGCCUACGAAAGCUAAGUGGUGGUACUGCCAACUUCAUGUACCAUGCCACUCUCAAGUAUCCAUCAGGUGAAGACAAAUAUCAAAAUGGCGUCGUGAUCAAGCAGGGUGAGGGCUACGUUGCACUUCAUCCUGCAUUCAAGAUUGCAACUUCUCGAUGUGCUAUCGAGUAUGAGUCUCUUGUUCAUCUUGCUGAACUCCCCCCAACAGAAACGCCAUCGUGCAGAAUAUCAACCCCAGAGACAUAUUACUUCAACCAAGAUAGCAAUACUCAAGUCCAGGAGUAUCUCUCAGAAGCCCUCAGUCUAAAAGACUAUGCCCUCAAGUACUACGCUGCACCCACACCCCCAAGUCUCAGAGAAGAAUGCGAGCAGCUCGGCCAUGGUCUUGGAUCUUGGCUUCGCGCGUUCCACGGCUGGAGCCAAGAACCUAAGCAAGCAGCCCUACGAGAGACGUUUGCGGGGAACAAGGGGAUGCAGGGUCUCAAGAACAUGAUCAAUUACCAGCAGUUGCUUCAGGUGGUGGAUCGGCACCCCGAGAUUCUUGGCGAUGCAAGGGACGUUUUGCAGGGUGUCAGCGAUCUGGCCGCCGGGGAACUUGCAGAUGAAUCAGCGUUGUAUCCAAUUCAUGGUGACUUCUGGACUGGAAAUAUCUUACUCCCUGACACCCAUCUGGCAAAAGGCACUCACACUCCCAUUCGUAUUGUUGACUGGGAGAUGGUUCAGAUUGGUGUUCGGCCUCUAGAUCUCGGCCAGGCCAUUGCUGAACUUUGGCAACUCAAGCUAUACAAGGACAUUGCUGCAGCGGAGUGGCUCAUUCGGGCAUUUGUUGAUGGCUACGGGGCCGUAAGUGAUGACUUUGCUUACCGCACAGUUAUCCAUGUUGGUGUUCACUUGAUCUGCUUUGGAUCUCAGACGCCAGGAUGGGGCGAUGCAGAGCAACAGAAGGACGUGGUCAGAAUAGGAAAGGAGAUCAUAGUCAGAGCCUGGGGUAGAGAUUGUGGCUACUUUGUCGGACACGUUCUUGGUAUAAGCGAUGCUCUGAGUCGUGUCACCCGAAAACUCAACUCCAACUCAACUCUGUUGGCAAUCAUCUCCACGUCCACACCAGACUCAGAUGCCUUCUUCGGACACCAGUCGGCCUUGGAUUGCUACAUCCAAUAUGUCGCUUAUAAACUAAACAAGCGUCUCGGCGCACUUCAUAAAGAUACUCGCUCUUCAAAGAAGCUUACUACUCGGAGAUACCUGGCUGGCUUGUCCUUUGGGCCUUCUUCUAGCGUCCUGGCUCAGUUGCUUAGCGACCAGGCUCGCCACCACUCAGAGAACAAGGCAUCUUCACCAUUCGAGCCUGUGAUCAUCCAUAUCGAUACUGAGUUAUCAAACACUGAGGGAGAAUCUCCCGCUAAGAAGCUGCUGGGGGAGUACCGUCGUGUAUUGCCAAAUGCCAUGUUCGAGUGUGUUCCUCUAAAGGACGUCCUCUCUGUGAAGAGCGUCGACUGGUCAACUCUACCUCUCGACACUGUCACACCAGAUGAUGACGACGAUGAUUCAAACGCUCGCCUUCAACGACUUUUCAAUGCUUUACCCACAUUGACCUCGCGAACAGACCUUCUCCGUCAGCUCAUCCGUCACCUUCUUCUCCAGAAGGCCCAGGAGCACUCAUGCUCAGCGCUUCUCCUCGGCCACAGCACAACAGCACUCGCAGCCUUGACACUAUCAGAGGUCGCCAACGGUAGAGGAUUUGCAGUCCCGUUACAGGUUGCUGACGGCAUGACAACUGUAUGCACAUACGAGGCAGUCGAGGGCGCAGCCGCCCAGGAGACCGCUCGGCUAGAAUUCCCGGUCUAUUAUCCCCUGCGCGAGAUCUUUCGCAACGAGCUGAUCCAGUAUAUUGAUCUUGUUCCCCCAUUAAAGGAGGUUGUUCCCGUCAGCCAAGUAGGUGCCAAGGCCGGAAACAGUGUUGUUUCACACAAGGACCUGAGCAUCGAGGAGGUCAUGUCACGGUACUUUGAUAGUGUAGAGGAGGGAUAUGCUGGGAUAGUUGCCAACGUGGUGCGCACAACCACAAAGCUGGACCGAAUUCCUGGAAAGAGCUUCUGCGGAAGCUGUGGAAUGUCACUUGAUGCCGAGGGAGAUUCGCGAUGGGCCGGAGAGAUAGGCGAUGAUGCCGGGGACGGGCCGGGGGCAGCCGCCGCAGGCCGGCUAUGCUAUGGCUGCAAGCGGUCAAUUCACGGGUAG